CAUUUCGAACUGUCCCUUAAAAAAGGAGAUAAGUAUUGGGAGGAAAUAAUCUAAAAAUGUUGCAAUGCGCCCGCGAGCAUCGCGGAAGUUCAUGCAAGUAAUGUCAUAUUGUCAUAUGACUUGUACGGAUUGGGAGCAAGCAUGUUGCUAAUCCUUGGAUAAAAGUGGACCUAAACGGCGAAUGAUAUCCAGACCAAAAACGAAAUGGAGGAGAUAAGAAUAUCUCCUGAUUAUAACUGGUUUAGAAGCACAGUGCCACUGAAAAAAAUUAUAGUGGAUGACGACGACAGCAAGGUAUGGUCCUUGUAUGAUGCAGGCCCAAAGAGCAUAAGGUGUCCCAUCAUAUUCCUUCCUCCUGUUAGUGGGACUGCAGAGGUGUUCUUCCAGCAGGUUCUAGCCCUGACAGGCUGGGGCUACAGAGUGAUUUCACUGCAGUAUCCUGUGUACUGGGAUCUCUUAGAAUUCUGCGACGGCUUUCGGAAACUUCUUGAUCACCUGCAGUUGGACAAGGUCCAUUUAUUUGGUGCUUCUUUGGGAGGCUUCCUGGCACAGAAGUUUGCAGAGUGCACACACAAGUCCCCCAGAGUCCACUCUCUGAUUCUGUGCAACUCCUUCAGUGAUACCUCCAUCUUCAACCAGACAUGGACAGCCAACAGUUUUUGGUUGAUGCCUGCCUUCAUGUUGAAGAAGAUUGUCCUGGGGAACUUUGCUAAAGGACCUGUUGACCCCAAGAUGGCUGAUGCAAUCGACUUCAUGGUUGAUAGAUUGGAGAGCCUGAACCAGAGUGAGCUAGCUUCCAGGCUAACGCUCAACUGUCAGAACUCGUACGUGGAGCCACACAAGAUCAAGGAUUUGGCUGUCACCAUCGUGGAUGUGUUUGACCAGAGUGCCCUGUCACAUGAGGCGAAAGAAGAAAUGUAUAAGCUGUACCCAAAUGCCAGACGGGCUCACCUCAAAACGGGUGGAAACUUCCCUUACCUGUGCCGGAGUGCUGAGGUCAACCUUUACAUACAGAUCCACUUGCGGCAGUUCCAUGGGACUCGCUACGCCGCUAUCAGCCCAGCUAUGGUGAGUGCUGAGGAGCUGGAGGUGCAGAAGAGCAACCUGAUGAAUAGCGAUGAUGACUAAUGAUGAGACUACGUUACCCAGCAGCCUCACUUCUAGCUCUGACCGACAGCCCAAAACCUAAAAAUUGGGAUUGGCUUAUUUUGAAUCUGUGCGGAGAACUAUGGAAAAUAAGUUUCCCUGACCAGCAAAACAGCCAAGAACAUCUCAACCAUAGAAAUAGUGACUAGAGAUUUCUCUAUUUCUAUGACCUGAAGCAUCACUACUGCCAAUUUGCUGUCAUUGGUGGUCACACAUGGACCUAAGGAACCACUUGUUCCAAAAUAUUUCCUGAACUUCUUUUCUUUUUGGUAAAUUUUUUUCUAUAAUAUUGAAUACAAUCAAUCCACAAGGUGAACGGAUACUAUUUUUACUUUGCAGGAAAAAAAACCAAUAUUUUAAUAAUCACUUAUUGUAAAUAGAGCGUGAUUGGCUACAUUGAGAAGCGUUAUACAAUACCAUGUUAUGAACCCUUGCCUUAUGUGAUAUCAAUGUCAUGCAUUAUAGAUGUUGCACUUUUGAAUGCCAUGUUUUUCCUUUAAUUCUCAUGGUUAACACUGGGAACCGUUCCGACGCUUGGUAAGUCAGAAAACCCAUGCACUGAUUACAGAUGUACAUCUGAGGAUGUUACUAGGAAUACAUGAAAUGAUGUAUAAUGACAAACUAUUCAUUUAUUAUUCAAUAAAGCCUUCUUCAAAGUUUG